AUGCACUUCCACCUACAGCGACUUUCCAAAUUGUUUUCCAAGCGAGGGAAUGGCGAUAGCGAAGUGACUGGGGCGUCUUUCAACGGAACGGACGCGCCCGAUGAAUCGGCACCAGUUGAUCUGAACGGCAAGAAGCAGGAUUCACAACAGAGCGCACGCCAGCCGAAUGCUGAAAAUACAGGUCGUUUGGAGACCGCGGGCACGUCCGACGAGGCUCAAUCUCCUUGUGGCAUAAGAGAAGUGGUUUCCCAGUCAAAUGAGAAUCCCAAUUGUAUCGAUAUAGUAGCCAUUCAUGGGCUUAACGGGCAUCGCGACAAGACCUGGAUUGACAAAGUAACCCGACUGAAUUGGUUGGAGGACAAAGAGUGCCUCCAGAAAGACUUCCCAACAGCUAGAGUUCUUACGUUCGGCUACAACUCCAGGACGUACUUCAGCCGAUCCAUCUCGGAUGUUCGAGACUUUUCCUCUGAGUUGCUUGCCGCCCUAAAAGCGUGGAGGAGGAGCGCAGCAGAACAGUCCAGGCCUCUCAUCUUCCUAUGCCACAGUCUUGGCGGGUUAGUAUUCAAGCAGGCAGUUAUCGAUGCUCACGAGCAAAACCACCAUUACUCUAACAUCCUAGAUAACAUACAUGGAGUUGUGUUCUUUGCUACUCCUCAUCGUGGGUCCGAUCUUGCCUUCUGGGAUGAUAUCGGUACUACGUUAGUUCGUAUAAGUACACUUGGCCACUCGACAAACACAAAACUGUCCAGAGACUUGAGAGUUAACGGAAUACUCCUUAAGUCUAUCUCUGAUUCAUUUGUUCAUAGGGGAGGGAGGUUUAAGAUCAGGAGUUUCUACGAGACACAGCAAAUGCAAAGCCUUCAUUGUGAAGUGGUCAGAAAAGAUUCUGCUAUACUGGGAUGGCCAAAUGAACUUGCCAUAGCUGCAUCAGCCCAUCACUCCAAUAUCUGCAAGUUCCCAUCUCCAUCUGACCAACGAUAUCAGAACACAAUUUCAGCCAUUCAAGAAUUGAUUGGUGGCUCAAGUAAAGGCGCUGCAAUUCUGGGGGAUCAAGUGCAACAACAAUCACCUCAAGAACACCAAGGAUUUACUCGACGGGAGGCUGAGUGCUUGCGAGCAUUGAAUUCUAACUAUGAGGGCCACCUAGCACAGGUGGAAGAUCCUGUGCCUGGUACCUGCGAAUGGGUCCUAUCGCAUGACAAAUGGCGCCAGUGGGACUCGUUGUCAACUCCAGCUCUCCUCUGGAUUACAGCUGGUGCUGGUUGUGGCAAGUCGGUCCUCGCCAAGUUUCUCGUUGAGCAUUUGCUUUCACAGAAAGACUCGUAUCCUCGUAGGCAUGUUUUUCACUUUUUCUUUAAAGAAGGGCUCGAGAACCAAGAUAAUGCUUCAAAAGCCGUGUCUGCCCUUUUACAUCAGCUGUGCUGCUCCCAACGUCACAUCAUUGAACACGUUGUAGAGAAGUACACUAGCACGUCGACUAGGUUAUUCAACCAAUUUUCUUCCCUGUCAGCCAUCCUCAUGACUAUUCUGAAGGACCCAAGAACAAGAGAUAUCGUAUGGGUUUUGGACGGUCUUGACGAAUGCGAUAGACAAUCGCUCGAGCAACUCAUCAAGGCUGUAGCUGCCUAUUUUGAUUUUCAGUCGACAACAAAAGGUUCAAGAAGCUCCGCGUGUUGCUUCAAAAUGGUUAUUCUCAGCCGACCGCAUAAUCUAAUACAGCAGAAACUCCAUUUGCGACGGAAAGAAGACCCUUUAGAUCCACUACCAGCGCCAGCAGUGGAAUCUCGCAACAAAAUGCGACUUAUUGCGGAAGAAGAGAGUGUAGCGAUUGCGAAAGACACCACCUUGUUUGUUCGUUCUAAAAUCAUCGAACUGAGAGAAAAUUCUGAUCUUUUCCCGGACGUGCUACAGCGCCUCGAAGAAAGGCUGAUCAAUGGUGCUGACUUCACCUUUCUGUGGAUAUCCCUCGUGAUCAAACUUGUCGAGGAUACGGAAGUCGAUGGUAUCUCGAUGGCUGAGCUCGAGUCCAUCCUAAACACAACGAGCCUCGACGAUGUAUAUGAAAGAUUUCUGUCAGGCAGGCCAUUACCGUUGAAAGCUCGGAAAGCGUUGAUGCUCGUGCUGGCUGCUGUGCGACCGUUGACACUGAAGGAACUGUGUGUUGCAAUCGAGACACGACAAGAUCAUUUCCCCCAGACCAGUGACGAUGCGCAAGCCCGGGAAAGAUUAAAUAAGUAUGAACUGGAUGAGAGCAGUUUAGGAAAGCGAGUGAGACUAGGAGAAGGCCCAAUUUCAAGCAAAACUGGGACCCGGGGGCUUGGAAGUGAUGCCAGGGAUAGGAAACUCGAGGCUCAUCAGACCAUGAGGGGUCGCAAUACCAAACUCGAUAAGACUGAUAUUCCUAUGCCUGGCUCACAUAGCUCGGCCAAGAUUUCAAGCCUGAGUGCCUUGAAAGAUGUUCUUCGGAAACCUUUCUCCAACCACCUGCGCCAAAUAUGCGGGCACUUUCUGAGAAUUCGAGAUCGCAAAGUAUACCUGGUCCAUCAAACAGCUCGGGAGUUCUUACUAGGCCGAUAUAACACAACAGUUCCAGAGACCGGUUUAUUUGAAGCAAGAGUCCGCGAAACACCAUCCCGCGAUCAUAUGGCGAGAGCAUCAAUGGACACCUCGGGUGAUAUGCAGGUUUCAAUUGGAACUCUUCCAUGUCAGGCCUGGCGCCAUUCGAUAAAACUAGCAGAUGCAAACCGUUAUCUUCUCCAGAUUUGUGCCGACUAUAUCGAGCUUUUUGCUUUUGAAAGGUCUGGAGGAAAAACUCGAUGGGCGAACAAAGAUGCUAUAGCUUAUCUCAAGGAGUGCCGCGAUGACCCACCACGCGCCUUCUUCAAAUACGCCGCCUUUAAUUGGAUCGAUCACUACCGACCAAUUCGCCAGUCCUUUGACUUCUCUUUCGACUACCUCUUAAAGCCGAGCGAACAGCAUUUCAAGGUUUGGAUCAUCGUUCACCGCUCCUGGGUACCUGAGGAGGAACGGCAUGAACUAGAAGCAGGAGGGAUCCCUAUACCCGACGAAUUGAAAAAGUCCAAGGAGUCAGGUGAAAAGGUUCGGGUCAAAUGGUCCAAAGACAGCAUGCAUGCAAGGGCGCUGAACAAAUCGGAUAAGAGGGCGGCAGACCUCGAAGGCGUAUUGGAACAUUUUCAUCUGAACCCCGAAGCAGAGACGGAGACAUACCGUAGCCAGUACCUAGACGGAGAUCAGUACUGGAAGAGAGAUGAAGAUCACCAGCUCAAAUCAGUAGAUGCUGAUGAUUAUGAUAGAAGAGGAGGUGAAGAGGAUGAAAGCAACACGGCUGGGAUUGAGAACUGGAAGAUACCUGACAGGGUACAAUUCUUCUGGCGUCAGAAUCGCAGAGAGGUAUUGGAGACGUUAGAAGAGUGGGACAUCAAGAGCGGUACGGAUAGAUAA